UGCUGGAUAUGUGUGCCUAAAAUGAGUGAUGACGACUAAACCCCCACCUCUCCCGGAAGUGCGGUGUUGUUCUUGUUCAGUCGUUUCCGGUCGCGUUGUGAACAGUCUGGAUAGCAACGCAGCAAAGGAGAACAGCGUUUUGCACUGAAGAGGCUGGUGUAAGCUGAGACGUUGAACCAUCAUGUGGAAUGGUUCAAGAUCUGGACCACGAGGGGGGAUGCCCUUUUGUGGGGACCCACGUGGGGAGAUGUUUGAAGGAAGAAAUGGACCAAUGCCUGGCUUCAGAGGACGAGAAGGAAUGAAUAUGGGAGCUCAGGACCGACCACCCAUGGACAUGAGGAGAUUUGACUACCCGCCGGAUAUGGUGGGACGAAACAUGGGUCUUCUUGACAGAGGAAGAGACUCUCCUCGAGACUUUUUCAUGCCUGAAAAUGAGGUAGAUUUUAGAAGACGUUUUGAGAUGGAGCAAAACACACCUGGUUAUAUAGGGCAGGGUCGGCCUCCUAUUGAAAUGGGUGGCAGGGACAUGCAAGUUAGGAACAUGAGGGGGCCUGAAGAUCAAUUCAUGGACAUGAGGGAGAGGGACAGAUUUCGAAUGGACAUGCCUGGUUUCAACAUGUCACCCAUGGAUAUUAGGAGAAGGCUUGCUAUGGAAUCUAUGGACAGAAAUGACCAUAUAAGAGAAAGAGAGCGGUCACAGAUGGGCAUGAAUGACAUUGAUGGAUUUAGUAUGGAUAUGCCUCCCCGGGAAAGGUCAGCGGACUUUGAUAGACGAGGUUGCGCCCCUCCCUUGACUCCACGAGGAAGGUUUGAAUCCGAUAUGGAUUUUAGAAAUCGAAUGGGACCAUCAGGUGAUUUUAGGGAUCGCUCUCCUCAGAUGUUUCGUGGUAAUGAUGGUAUGAAUCUCAGGGGAAGACCUGAUUUGCCUCUAGAUCGGCAAGGUCCAGAGAAAGACAUGCUUCAAGUAGGUGAACCAACUCUGAGGGACAGAGAAUUUCCCGAACAAAAUGAGAACAGGUCUGGGUUUAGAGGGGAAGAUGGUAAAUCCCUCUCAGAGGAGUGGUGCAGGCGAAUGAAUAGAAGUUCAAAUUUAUCCAGAGAGGUGAAGAAGCGAUUUCCACCUGGACUUGGCAAGGAAGGUGAGUUAGGAGAACCGUCACAGUUCAAAGAUAGAGAGCGGCCAUCGGUGGAGAUUCCAACUAAGGAUCGUGGCACUUUAGAGUUUUCUCGAUCAGAAAGAGAGGGUCCUACAAUCCAAAGCUGGGACAAGAUUCAAACUGAUGUCCCAGGCAGAGAUCCAUCUCACUCAGUCCCUCAGAAACUACCACUCUUACCACUGAAUCCCAGUCUAAAUAUCCCAAGCAAAGACAAAGAUAGUCAACACUGGUCAAGAGAUGAAAAGCCUGACAGCACCGUACAAUCAGGGGGAAGACACCCAUUCUUUCCAGAAAAGGGCCUGUCAGUCAAAGAGAGUCAUUUCUCAGUUGAUCAAGGAAACUUCAAGGGAAAAGAUAUGCCUCUUGAUGAGGGUCAAAAGAAAGGGAAUAUUAUGCCCGGGCCAAGAGAUCCACCGAGUAACAGAGAGGGAAGACGAGACCAGGAUUACGGAGACAUUGAUUACAGGACCAGUUCUGCACAAAAAUACGACUAUAUCCUUGAGGAUCUUCAGAGGCCAGAAAAGAACACGAAAUCACCCAAAUCAGCUCCACCCGAAAGAUCAAAUGCCUCGGGUUCUCAGGAUCAGGAUUACAGGAAUGCCAGUGUUCAGGAUAAGAUCUCAAAUACCAUUGCCAUCUCUGGAAUUCCCAAAACUGCUACAAUGCAGCAGAUACUGGACGCCUUUGCGGUUCGGGAUGGAGUGCCAAUGCAAGGCAUGAAAAUAAAGGAUGUUGUUCCAGGUUACAGCUCCGAUACGGCCUAUGUGGAGUUUUUAAACAUCGAGGAUGCUGUCCACUUCAUGGAGUCCAACCAGGGAUCUGUUAAAGUUGGUAGCAAGACUGCCUUACUGAAGUACAUUCAACCUGACAGAAAUGCAAAAGAACCGCAGCAUGAGGACCAACCCCAUAAAGCCAUCCCAUCUACCCAGGAUGGGCUGCUGCCAUGUCCGGUUCUUACCAACCCCCCAAAAGUGAAAGAGGAAGGUUGUGCCAAGACCCUGAAUGAGCCCCUCUCUCAGGGUGGGUGGCAGAGGAGUUCCACCCUGACACCCGAGGCCUGGCAGCAGCAGGUCGACAAGCAGCUACAGCAGCAGGAGAUGGAGAAGCGGGCUGAGGAAUGGGCCCACCAGAGAGGACCUCGGUCCAGCCAGCAAUUCACUGAUCCCAUUUUCAGGGAAAGCAAAACAAUGAUCAUUAAGAACAUACUGCCCACCACUUCAGUGGAGACAAUCUUGAGGUCAUUGGAUCCCUUUGCCUACCUUGAUGAACGCAAUGUCCGCCUUGUUAAAGGGAAGACGCCUGGAUCCAAAUGCUUUUGCUUUGUCGAUAUGGACUCGCAUGAGCACGUGACACGGUUGGUAGACCUGCUCACCAAACCUCGUCCAAUUAUGAUUGAUGGAGUUAGAGUAUAUGCAGAGGUAGCGAAACCUCUAAAGAAUCAGAACUACCGGAAGGACUACGAUAAGUCGAACACUUCUCUUCUGGGUUACCCACCUGAUGUUAUGGAGCAGCAACAGCAGUACAUCAAUCAAUCUCACACAGCCAUCUCAACUCCCACACAAGGUAUGGGUGCGCCUGCCGAUCCCGUGCAUACAGAUUCCUCCCUGGCUGCAGCCUCAUUACAGGGCUCAGGCAUAAACCAAGGUGCAGUGUAUGCAGAGCCUUCAGUCGAAGCUACAGAGCAACAGAUUGCAUCUUCAUCUGAUCCCGCUCACACUGGCUCUGCUGGUGGUUCCGAGGACUAUAGCUAUGGUUCUGACACUCCAGAUUUGUCUGCGUUCCUGUAUGAUGCUACAUCCGGCUUCUACUAUGACCCCCAGACCACCCUGUAUUACGACCCCAACUCAAGAUAUUUCUACAACGCUCAGACACAGCAGUACUUGUACUGGGACAGUACCUCAAAGAUCUAUAUACCAGUUGAAGGCGAAGGCUCGGGUACAGAUGCUCAGAAACCGAAUGCUCCUGUGGAGGCUGUGGCUGAGACUGCGGCAGCUGAGGAACUAAAAAUGCCUUCAGAGGGAGCGCCGGAGCGGAGGGAGGACGAGGAGGCUACGCCACGCUCUGAAAAGAAAGAGAAGGAGAAAGAAGACAAACCCAGAAGUCUGGCAGCAUUUAAGAUCAUGAAAGACAUGGAGCGCUGGGCCAAGAUCCAGAAUCGGCAGAAGGACAGUGUGCGGGCUCCAUCUCCUAUCCUCAGGACUGGAGCAGAGGAGAAGAAGACUUCCAAAGCUGCCGAUGCAGCCUUCGCUGUAUUUGAGAGGAAGACCACUGGAGGAGACGACUUGUUCAAAAAGCCUCUUGCUCCACCAAGGAAAGAGGAGAAGGGAUCCAAGAAGCCCAUGGGUUCUCUGGGCAUGUUAGCUGCCGACUAUGCGGCAGGAAGUGAUGAAGAGGAAGAAGAAAAACAUGAGAAACAUGAAGCACCUGCCCCACCUCCCAAGAGCCAACCAGAGCCCCAGGAGAAAGAAGACAAACUGACAGACUGGAAGAAAAUGGCCUGCCUGCUGUGCAGGAGACAGUUCCCCAGUAAAGACGCCUUGAUCCGCCAUCAACAGCUCUCAGACCUGCACAAGCAAAAUAUGGAGAUUCACUUAAAGAUCAAAAAGUCGAAAAGGGAGCUCGAAGCUUUGGAAAACCAGGAAAAAGAGAUGCAUAUGAGAGAGACUCACAGCCCACCUGAAGCAAAGAAACGGAAACAGCAAAGCACAUGGCCCAGCAGUUCAAGGGACACACACAAAGGCAAUGAGAGACCAGGGCUAGGUCUGGAGAGCACGGAGCGGCACAAGAAGGAAGCGGUUGUCUGGAACAAUGCCACCUAUAAGCAGGCUGUGCGGAAGGCUAUGUUUGCACGGUUUAAGGAGCUGGAAUGAUAAGAGUGAAGGAACUAAAUAAAUGCACACAGUUUAUGCCAGCAGCUCACUUCAGGCUUUUUCUGUGAGCUAACACAAUUUCUAGUGAAACUCCAUUUUGUGUCAUGAUGUGCCUGUAAUGGUUAGAAAUACACUUUUUUCUCAGUCCAUAGUUCUGCUAUAAUUUUUAUUUUAUUAUUAUUUUUUGUGUGUGUGUGUAGCUCAACUGUUCAGGGCUUUGAAAUAUUUUUAUUUUCCUUACUUUGUAUCAUGUGUUUUUUAAUGACAAAGAAGUGAGUUGUGUGUUUACAACUCCUGUAAAACUAUUGUAACUGUAGUACUCAGUAUCCUGUGAGUCAAUAAAAUGACUGCAAUCA